GCAACGGUCACACUACCCGAUAACCAAAACAACGUGCUGCUGAAUAUUUGUUUCUUUUAUUUUCUUUUAAAAAAUUACGUUUUAACAAUGCCUCAGGGAAAAUUCAAAAAGGCCAAGAUGCCUGCCUCCAUGCAGAAGCAGAAAAAGCAAAAGCAGGCUGCCUUUACCCGCCGGUCAAAUGCUCCAAUUCAGGCCAAGAAGGCCAAGUUCAAUGAAACGCAGAAGAUCAAGGCCGUCAUCUCCAAGUCGGUCAACAAAAGUGUCGAGAGCGAGCUGCGUUCCCGGGCCCACGAGGGCUACAUCCAGCUGAGCAAGGCCCAGGAGGCGGUGGCCAAGCACCAUGCCACCCAGGCGGCGGCUGCAGCGGCGGCUAGUACCUCAAAACCCGUAGAAUAGUUUACAUUUUAGGUUUAAAUAUACUCUUAUACACUGUUGAUAAUUGAAAGAGAUGUUUAUUGUAUAAAGGAGGAUUUAUGGAGGCAGAUUGCAGGACCUUGUUGGAAUUUGACCUUCAUUAGUCUAAAAAUUAAUAGAAAUUCUUAGCAAGCAUCUUGUUUUAAAUAGUUAAAUAAUAUUUUGUACAAUAUUAACUUUAAAC